CCUGUCCCCUGUGCCAUCCGCACCCUGGGCCUCAGUGCUGAUGCUGGCAGCCCGGCAGGAGGGGGUUAAUGGAGCUGGGGCCAGCAGGCUGGGCUGGCCGGUGACAAGGGUGCUGGCUGCCCCAGAGGCAGUGGGGAAAUCCAGAGGGCAGGAGCAGCCGGCCCCAACAGACGCGCCCCGCUCCCUGCCCGCCUGCGGCCUGCUCUGCACGAGGGAUGGCCCUGAGGAGAGUGCUGCCUCCCCAAGCCCCUCUCCCCACAGGAGGCCCGGCCCUGGUGGUGCUGCUGGUCUCCUGGGCAGUGCUGGGCUCCCACAGCCUGGAGGGAGAGGAGCCCGCGGCACCGGCAGACCCCGAGGGCCCCCAGUGCCCAGCCGUCUGCUCCUGCGGCCACGACGUCUACACGGAUGAGCUCAGCGUCUUCUGCAGCUCUCGGAACCUCACGCGGCUGCCCAAUGGCAUCCCGGACGGCACCAGGGCCCUGUGGCUGGACGGAAACAACUUCUCCUUCAUUCCCGCGGCCACCUUCCGGAACCUCUCCAGCCUGGGCUUCCUCAACCUGCAGGGCAGCGGGCUGGCCAGCCUGGAGCCACAGGCGCUGCUGGGCCUGCAGAACCUGUACCACCUGCACCUGGAGCGGAACCAACUGCGCAGCCUGGCGGCCCGCACCUUCCUGCACACGCCGGGCCUGGCCUCGCUCGGCCUCAACAACAACCUGCUCAGCCGGGUAGAUGAGGGCCUCUUCAGGGGCCUUGCCCACCUCUGGGACCUCAACCUGGGCUGGAACAGCCUGGCCGUGCUGCCCGACACUGCGUUCCAGGACCUGGCCAGCCUACGCGAGCUGGUGCUGGCGGGCAACAAGCUGGCCUACCUGCAGCCCGCGCUCUUCUGCGGCCUCAGCGAGCUCCGCGAGCUGGACCUGAGCAGGAAUGCCCUGCGGAGCGUCAAAGCCAAUGUCUUCGUCAAGUUGCCCAAGCUCCAGAAGCUCUACCUGGACCACAACCUCAUCGCCGCCAUGGCCCCAGGUGCCUUCCUGGGCAUGAAGGCGCUGCGCUGGCUGGACCUGUCACACAACCGCGUGGGUGGCCUCCUGGAGGACACCUUCCCGGGGCUGCUGGGCCUGCACGUUCUGCGCCUCUCACACAAUGCCAUUGCCGGCCUUCGGCCCCGGACCUUCAAGGACCUGCACUUCCUGGAGGAGCUGCAGCUCGGCUACAACCGUAUCCGGCAGCUGCCGGAGGAGGCCUUCGAGGGCCUGGACCAGCUGGAGGUGCUGGCGCUCAACAACAACCAGCUCCAGGAGCUCAAGGCGGGCGUCUUCCUGGGCCUCUACAACCUGGCCGUCAUGAACCUCUCUGGCAACUGUCUGAGGAACCUUCCAGAGCAGGCGUUCCAGGGCCUGGGCAAGCUGCACAGCCUGCACCUGGAGGGCAGCUGCCUGGGCUGCCUCGGCCCACACACCUUCACCGGCCUCUCGGGGCUGCGCCGGCUCUUCCUCAAGGACAACGGCAUUGUGGCCAUUGAUGAGCAGAGCCUGGGGGGGCUGGCCGAGCUGCUGGAGCUGGACCUCACCUCCAACCAGCUCACGCACCUGCCUGGCCAGCUCUUCCAAGGCCUCAGCCACCUGGAGUACCUCCUCCUCUCCCGCAACCGGCUGUCUGCGUUAUCGGUGGAUGCCCUGGGGCCCCUGCAGCGCAUCUUCUGGCUGGACAUGUCGCACAACCGCCUGGAGGCGCUGCCUGAGACUGUGCUCGCGCCGCUGGGGCGGCUGCGCUACCUCAGCCUCCGGAACAACUCGCUGCGGACCUUCGUGCCGCAGCCCCCCGGCCUGGAGCGCCUGUGGCUCGAGGGCAACCCCUGGGACUGCGGCUGCCCCCUCAAGGCCCUGAGGGCCUUCACCCUGCAGCACCCGGGCGUCGUGCCCCGCUUUGUCCAGGCCAUGGCGGAGGGAGAUGACGACCGCCAGCCGCCCGCAUACGCCUACAACAACAUCACCUGCGCCAGCCCCCCCAGCGUCUUGGGCCUUGACCUGCGCGACGUCAGCGAGGCCCACUUUGCCCACUGCUGACUGGAGGCCGCCCUGGGGUCUGGACGGGCCCUCGCCACCCCAGGGGACAUGGACCUGGGACCGGUGGGCCCCAGCCUGGUCCCUGAGGGCCUGACCAGGAGGAUUGGGGACACAGCCUCCCCAGCUAUCAUCAAUUAAAGGCAACCCAA